UCUUCCUAAUUCCUUUUUCACUUACUGCAAUUGUAUUGACAAACCCUUCCACAGCUCUCCUUCUCCUCCCUUCAGAUCUUCUCAUCCGUCUAUUCGUAAAUCCCAGCUCUCCUUCUCCUUCCUACAGAUCUUCUCAUCUUUCUACUCUUAAAUCCUAAUGGCCUCAUCUUCCUCUUUCACCCACCAACCCAAAAACUUUGAUGUCUUCUUGAGUUUCAGAGGUGAAGAUACCCGUCGUGGUUUUGUAAGCCAUUUGUACACGGCUUUGUGUCAGAGAGGUAUUUCCACAUUCAUCGAUAAUGAUCUCCUCAGAGGAGAAGAAAUUUCUAUAGAACUUCUCAAAACCAUUGAGAACUCAACCACAUCAAUAAUCGUAUUUUCUGAAAAUUAUGCAUCCUCUACUUGGUGUUUGGAAGAACUUGCUAAGAUUGUUGAGUGUAGAAAAAAUAAGCAAUCAGUGCGACCGGUUUUUUACAAGGUGGAUCCAUCAGAAGUUCGUAAACAGGAAGGAAAAUAUGGGGAAGCAUUAACUAUGCAUGAAAAAAAAUUUAAUGAUAAAAAGAAGAUUCAAAGGUGGAGGGAAGCUCUAUGUGAAGCAGCCAAUCUCUCUGGUUGGGACUCCAAAAAUAGCCGCGAUGAAUCUGAACUUGUCCAAAACAUUGUUGAAGAUAUCUCGAAGUCUGAUUUAAAUCAGAUGCCAUUACUUGUUGCUGAAGAUUUAGUUGGAAUAAAUUCUCGCGUAGAGGAUGUUCUAAAAUCUUCAAAUAUUGAAUCAAAUGAUGAUAUUAGCAUUGUAGGGAUUUAUGGCCUUGGUGGAGUAGGCAAAACUACAAUUGCAAAAGCUAUUUAUGAUAGAAUUUCAUAUCGUUUCAAAGAAAAAUUUUUUCUGGAGAAUGUUAGAGAGAAUUCAAUAACAAAAGGCAUAAUCCACUUACAAGAGACACUUCUUUCUGAGAUCUUUGGGAGUAAGAAUUUGAAGGUGCAUAACAUAUCUAGCGGAACCAACAUGAUAAUUAAAAGUCUUUGCCAAAAGAGGGUUCUUAUCAUUCUUGAUGACGUGGAUAAUUUGGACCAGAUAAGAAAAUUGCUUGGAAAAUGUGAUUGGUUUGCUUCUGGAAGUAGAAUAAUUAUGACAACAAGGGAAAAACACUUGAUAGACACUAUUGGAAAUGGUGUCUCAAGACUCUCAACCUAUCAAGUUAAGGAAUUAGAUGAAAAUGAAUCUAUUGAACUCCUUAGCAAGCAUGCCUUUCGAAGCAACAAACCAAAUGAAGAUUAUUUGAAACUUGUGAACCAAGUUAUACACUAUGCUAAAGGCCUUCCACUAGCUUUAGUAGUAAUGGGCACUGAUUUGUAUGGAAGAACUAAACCUGAAUGGGAAAGUGCCUUAAAUAAGUAUAGAAAUAUUCUUAGUGGGGAUAUUCAAAAAAUACUACAAAUAAGUUAUGAUGGAUUAGACCAAACUGAAAAACAUAUUUUCCUUGAUAUUGCAUGUUUCUUCAAGGGAUAUGAUUAUGAUGAGGUUGUAGAUAUACUAGACGCUUGCGAUUUACACCCAGUAUCUGGUAUUCAAAAACUUAUUGAUAAGUGUCUUUUGACUAAAGGAAAUACAUUGUGGAUGCAUGACCUUUUAGAACAAAUGGGUAGGGAAAUUGUUCUACAAGAAUCACAAGGAAACUUGGGACAACGUAGCAGACUAUGGAAUUAUGAGGAGGCUCUUGAUGUACUAACUGAAGACAUGGGAUCGGAUAAAAUUCGAGGCAUAAUGUUGCGGUCACCUGCAUCAAAAUCAACAAUGGUGCAAUUAGAGGCACAAGUAUUUCGUAAGAUGAAAAAUUUGAGAUUCCUAAUAAUUCAUAAUGUACAUUUCCUUGAGCAUGGAGGCCUUGAAUAUCUUCCCAAUGGAUUAAGAUUGCUUGAUUGGGAUACAUAUCCUUUUUCUUCAUUGCCAUCCAGUUUUUGUCCUAAAAAACUAGUUGUGCUUCGAAUGCCUCGUAACCGAAUAGUGGAACCAUUAACGCAGAUUCAUGCAUUUGAAUUGCUGACACGUGUGGACUUCAACUGUUGUCCAUUCAUUAGGAAAACACCUGACUUAUCAAUGUGUCCAAACAUAAAGGAAUUGGAUCUUACUUGGUGUGAAAAUUUAGUUGAGAUUGAAAACUCCGUGGGGCGUCUUGAUAGGCUUGAGGCGGGGGACAUGUAUGGGCUUUUCUUUAGCCUUCGGACAAGUCAGAUGUCAUUUAGGCAUUAUGGUUACCGUAGACCAUAUCCUAGCUGUCAAAAUCUGUCAUUUGGGAAUUUGAUUGGGCUUAGGGAGUUGCAUAUUGGAACGACUGCAGAGCCAAGUCAUCUUCCAGGUAGCAUCUAUAAUUUACAACAUAUAGAGACACUCCAUCUUAAUGGCAAUUUCAAAUUUCCAAGGGACGUGGAGAUUGAUAGACAGCCACUGUGCAAUUCUCUGGGAGGCUUUUCCAAAUAUGUUUUUCCAAGCUUGAAAGAACUAACUUUUUUGUUCUUUUCUAAUCAAUCAGAAAUGGAUUUUAUUUUGAAUUAUUGUUGCCCCGUCACAUUGGAAACAUUAGAGAUCUCCUUCAGUUGCAAUAUUGUUACCCUCCCAGAAAGCAUAAGCAGAUGUGAGAGAUUACAUUCGCUUCAUAUUCCAAUUUGGGAAAUUCCUAGGCUUCCACGAAGUUUAAGAUGUUUAGCUGUAUCAAAUAAUUGGCCUCCUCCGCUGAGUUCAAAAUCAAUCUUUCAUCGGUUUGGAGAAUUGAUAGGGGUUCCACCAAAUCUACCACCAUGUUUAGGUGUGCCAAGCCACAGUACUCCCUCAUCUACUACAAUAUCCUGUGCAAGUGCUUUCCCAUUUGGCAAGAAAUAUGUCAACAAUAAGUUUGCAAGUUGUUUCAACCAUCAAAGGAAUGGAAAUUUAAUAUCAUUCUUAAUUGGUCCGGAAUUUCCAACAAUUGCUCUCUGUGUUGCUUUUAAGUCAAGUGAUCCUUUGUAUUAUUAUUGUCAUGCCAUCAUUUCCAUCAAUGGUAGUAAACAAACGACCAAAAACAUACUGAUUGAAAAGGCUUUGCUUUAUGAGGGCAUGAGUUUUUCUUGUAGCUCAUUGCAGGAACUAUUUGAGGGCUUCAAUCUUGGUGAUGAGAAUCUUGUUGAGAUCUUCUGUGAAACCACUCCUUCAAUGCAUAUUACGAACUUAUAUUGUCCUGAAAUUGAAUGGAUAGGAGUCCAUGUACAAUGCAUUUGUCCUCAACCUCAAAAAUCCAGUAUCUUCCAUGACUACUAUUGUAUCCAACCCCGAGGCCGUCGAAUUUCAAAGAGAAAUGUGCACCAACGGCUUAGACCAUCUCUUCUCAAAGGUCCAAAUUUAAUCCUGCGUAGACUUUACAAUACCCAGUACCGUAGUACCCUGUGGCCAACCCCAAGUACUUCUCUUCAACCAUUACUAAAAGCAAGAAAAAUCAGCAACAAAAAAAGACCCUUAGUAGCAAGGUGCCGCAAAUGUUUGUGUAGAGCUCAAACCCGUUGUCGGUGUCCCAAGGAGGUUGGCUCCACAUAUGCAGCAGGACCAGUUUCAGUGCAUUCGAGCAAUUUGGAUAGUCGGAUUAUCUCAAGUGCUAUGAAUGGUGGCGGGUCAUCCUCAGUUUCUAAUUUAGGGCUUUCAAUGGAUGUGAAAAAUGGGUCUGACUUGGGUUUGGAAUUUGACUCAACCAUUAGUGAUCAGCAUCCGCAGUCAAAGAAAAGGAGAACCUCUUGAUCAAAUUUCGAAGAAACAUGGCAAGGUUGGCACACCCUGGAGGACCAUUGAUGAUGAACAAGGCAGCGGCAUUGGUGAAAUUUAUAGAAAAUGUUAAUGAUUGGCACACCCUGGAGGAUCAUUGUGAUUAAAAAAAAGAGAAGAAGAAAAAAGUUUCUGUUUAAGAUGUUUGCCUUAGAACUCAUUGCUAGAUCCUUUCUUUGGUGGAUAUUGGUGAUAUCAUGUUGUUCAAGAAUUGAAUAUAAGUACUUGGAGGGAAUAAAGUAGGUCAUGGACUUGUUGUCGAAGUUUGGACUGAAAUGGUCAAGAUGCUCUCAGGCAUAGGUACAAACAUUUGAGAAGGCAAUAUAAUGACAUAAAGGUUCUUCAAUAGAGUGGGUUAUCUUGGGAUGAAACAGGAGAAAUGGUAACCACUGAGAUUAUGUCUAGGAUUCUUCUACCAAGGUGCAUCCUGAUGCUUGGUCUCAUAGAAAUUAAACUGUUCUGAGUUGUUACAAAUUGCUGUUAUAUAUGUUGAAAGGGGUUUCUAAGGAAGAUGCAGAAUUUUCAUGCAAUGUAGAUUUCAACAAUGAAGACCCCAAUUUGAUGAUUGCUUCUGUUGGAGGGUAUAACCAAGUGGUUCAAGAUAUUGGUUGCAUGUAAUGGAGCCAGUGAGAUUUUCUUUUCACAAGCCUAUAACAGGCUGCAGCAUUUGGUACUCAGUGCUUUUGAACAACUCAGGAUUUGCAACCUCAUGAUGAAAGACCAGAGAGGCCUGUUAAGGAUGUGCACAGCUCCUGAUAGUUGACAAUUGGUGAUCACUGCUAAAGGGUUUUGGCAAGCUUCUUCUGAGAUGGAGAGGCGGCCGGGGUGGCAUGCCAGCUUUUGUGGUCAAAUCACAGAUAUUGGAGGAUGCAAGUGUUAUUUGCUGAAGAAGAGAAGGCUACCUUGAAGAUUAGAAGUGAUAAUGGAAGACACUUCUGACUUGCUGAAGUAGGGGAUGAAAGUGUUAUUUGCUGUUCAUAACAGUGUGGAGUGUGGAUUGUCAUUAUGAUGGAGGAGGGGUGCUGAGGCAAGUUUCAUCAGGGGAAGGUGAGGGGGAGAGAGGUUUGGUUGAAAAAGACUGCUAGAUCAGAGAGGUUUCAGGAAAUUUGGAGGAAGUGAAACCUGGUUUCGGUCCUGUCGAGCUCUUGGAAUGGGGAAAAAAAGAAGGUUCUUCUUUGACCAAAGAAAAUAUGAACAAGGGCAUAUGUGAUUCUUUGGAGCCAAAGCAUGAAAGAUAAUUCAAUUUUUAGGUUUCUCUGUAUACGAGGGUCAUGGAAACAGCACAAUGUUGUUCAAUAUAUUAUUUGAGGUAAAACAUCGUUAAAGUACCUGGUGUGCAAUAUAAAUCGAAGGCUUAUUCUUUAGAUGGGUUCAAGAAGAGGCAGUUCUAUAUGAAAAUAUUUUUCUUAAUUUUUGAGAUUUAGGGUCUGAAGAAAGAAUGCAGCUGUAAGGUGAUUUUGAGAGGUGUACCUUGAUAUUUUCUUGCUCCUAGAUAUGCCAAGCUUGACUAAGUAGAUAGAAUAAACGUUAAUAAGAGAAUUUUCACUUGAAAUAUUAGUAGGCCCCAUGCACUGGAUCAUGUGGAACAUUGUUAAUUUGCUCUGAUGCUGAUUCAGCGGAAACUAUUUCUGAAUUUUGGAUUUUUGUGUACUGAGUCUAUGAAAAUUGGAAUGACAUUAUGAAGAAGUGUGGAAGGCAUUGUGAAUGAUCAACAAAGCUAGAUGCCUAUUUGGAACUGCUGGUAGAAUACGUGAAUGCAUCAAAUAAACUUCUAGAAAUGGUUCUAAAGUGCUUGGUCAAUGUAUUGGCCUUGAAAUGUCAGUGGGGUCUCCUGAUUAGUAAAUUCGUUUACUUUGUCUGAGUCAUUAAAUUUUAUUACGUGCCUGCUUUUAAGUUUGUAUAUUCCUUGUGGUGAUGUAUAGACUUAUAUUAAUGAAAUGAAAGUUAACAAAACAAUAAUUUUUUUUAAAUUUUAUUUUAUUAUCUUGAUAUAUUUCACCCUCAGCUAACAAUCCCUUCCAAAUUCCGUCCUAAUAUUCCCCAAAUCAAGCAAGCAACAGAAAAGUGAUAAGGAAAAUGCUAGCAAUUGGAACUGUAACUUUAUACAUUAUUUGCACUUCUCUUCUAAUCUCCUUGCAUAAUAGGGACAUACCAUGAAACUCAUGUUCAGGUUCAGAAUGUUUUAUAUUUAGAGGAAUCAACUGCAAGUAGCUUUCUUAAAAUGAUUUUGCUAAUUUUUUCUUUAAAUUGCAUAUUCAGAUCUUAAAACUUUGGGAGCUUCUUUCCUCAUUUCUUUUAAAGCUCACAAUUCCUCAAGCUGCACCUUUAGAAUGAAGCAAAUUAUUUAUAUCAGCCAAUAUUGCUCUUUGGCCCCUAUCCCUUCCAUAUUCUUGCAAAUCAUUUGAUCAUCCUAUUGUUGUCCUCCUUUAAUGCACCUGUUUUCCUCUCUGAUCUAGGGUAGUCUUUUGCCAGCUCCUCUUGAAGUUGUUCACUUUAGCCCCCAAAAAACUGAUCAGAUGCUUGUACUAUUCAUAGCAUGUGUUAUGAGUUUUUUAUGGGCAAAUUGGAACAGGCUUUUUGUUGCUGAUAUGACCAUUGCAAAAGCAGGUCAGCCAACAGUGGCCAUGGCUAGCCGCUUUGCUGAGCCAAUGCUUGACAUGCUUGAUGGGCUUGGAACAGCUUUGAUAAUACAAAAACCAAUGUUUCUCCAAAUGCUUAUGGGAAUGGUGACUGCAUUGUCUUCCUGUUAUUGAGCUUGAUGGGGUCUGUACUGAUUUCGAGUUCAAUGUUUAUCCAAAAACAAACAAUGGCCGUUGCCAAAGCAGGUCUAAAUCUGUAUUUUGUUUAUACUGAAAAAGUCAUAGGUAGAAGGUUGAAUAUGUAAGACUGGAAGUGGGCUUAAGGAAGAAGAUGUGUAUUGGUUAGUCUACAGAUAAGAUAACUACAGCACAUUAGCUCCACUAAAUAACUACAGACUAUAUAACCACAUCAAGCGGGAAAGAUUAUCAACAUGAGUUGAAGAUCGCAAGCGAUAUAAAGA